AUGGCCCAAGGUCCCUCCUUGCAUUCAAAAUUCCAAAUAUCUUCAAAUGCACCUAUAGAAACCAGUUUCCAAAUGCGUCAAGAGCCUGCAAGGAAUUUGCCUUUCCAAGUGUGUCAGAGUCUCCUAGUGAUCCCAGGAAGUCCAGUGCAACCGAAUCUUUCAGUCCCUGAAAGGGACCUCUGUCAGCAAGAGUCCCAAGAUCCAUCAAGAAAAUCAAGAUCCAUGGUGCUGUCACCUAAUUAUGAUGGCCAAAAAGCCAGCCUUGUGGCUCCAGGGAAGCAUCAGAAAAUAUGCAUUGUAUACACCAAGGAACAAAAGUGCCUGCUGCAAGAACAUUUUGUUAAGUACACAUAUCCAAACCAGGAGGAAAGCAUGGCUCUGGCAUCAUUGAUUAGUGUGAUAGUGAAUGAGAUCCAGACCUGGUUCAAGAACAAUUGAGCUAAGUCCAAGUGAAAGAAUCUCCAGAAUGUUCCAGCAGCACUGCUAGAGACAAAUGGAAGCUCUCAAGCUGUUUCUGAGUCAAUCCAUUUUCCUGAUUCCUUACCUGUAGUUGCCUCUUCCAAUGGAGAAUUCAUGUGUUCAGGCACAUUUGUUCUGGAUUCCAUUCCAAAACUCACCUGCAGCCAGGAGUCUUCUCUGAAUUGUGAUCAGGCCUGUGAUGGUACCAGGUGUAGUCAGCAAGCAUACCUGCUUGAUGGCCAUGCCCCUCUUACAGCUGGGGACUCUGGUCAAUUAGCAGCAGUUCAAGUCCACACUAGCCUAGCAGUAGCUGAAACUCCAGUAACCAUGUUAGCUUCCACCCCAGGUACAGCGGAUGCUCAAGACUCAGGUCCAUCUGCUGAGGAGCUCUGGCAACAGGUUCUUGAGGACUUGAUGAGUUGGAGGAAUGGUACACUUGAAGAUACACCCUAA